AUGCCGAUAGUGAAAGAGAAAACUAUGCAACAUGAUUUGCAGAAUGCAUUCGAAAUGAACUUACGGAGAAAAUCCAGCAGAACAGUUUCAAUUCAUCGUGAUAAUGAUGAAGUGAAAGAUGAAUUUCUUCCACGUCAUGAACAUGCAAACGACACUGAUUUAACACAACAAAUUAAGCCGGUCAUAUCAGCAACCAUUCAAUCGGUCGCAUCGGCAGAGUGCACAGUAGAACUUAAUGAACACAAGGAAAGCCGCCAAAUCAAGAUGAAAGAGUUUCAAUUGCAAAACAAAUCGCACAUAGCUGAAAUUGUAGCGCUACGUGAAUCAAAGAUCGAUGCAAAUGAUGAUAAAAUUGUUCAAAUAGGCUUAUCGUACUUUGCUCCCGAUAACGGUGCAAUGACGGUUGCUGUCCUUAUGCAACUUAUGAGCAAGGCUCGCGCACAUCUAUCCCACGAGCGCAGAAAACUGUUGCUAGCGAUGAGACGACUUAAACGCUAUCAAAUACAAAAUUUCCAGCUCGAUAGUCAAAUGCAAAAUGCAAGCCUCGAACAGUACUACGAGCUGAAGGCGGAAGUGAAUCGCAUUGGAGAAAAACUUGAGGAAACUAAUAAGCGCAUGAACAAUUCCAGGCAACUAUUUGAAAAUGACGUGGCACGUGCUACCCACGUGAGGGAAAAGCUGUUCGAUUCGCAAAAUCAGACUGUCAUCCUAAUGCAGGAUGUUUCCAAAGUUAAACAAAACUUUUUCUACUUCAAGCGCACUCUUUGCGCAAAACUUCUAAGCAAAAAGCAACUGCGCAAAGAAAAUGAGCAUCUGAAGCAGGACAUUCAAUUGCUGAACCUGAUGCCUUGGUACGGGCAAACCUAUGAACAGAUUGGCUUCGCUAAAUCCUUGAUUGAAAAAUUCAAAUGAAACUCA